UUUCUCGUUCCUUCCAAAUCUCAUCUCACUUUCCUCCGUUUUUCCUCUCUCCUCUCUUUCAUACCGCGAAAAUCUCAAAAAAAAUAAUAAAAAUUCAGUUUUUUUUUCCAUUUAUAUCUCCUUCAUCCUUCUUUGUUUCUUCAUUUGAAAUCCCUAAUUAAAACCCUAGCCAUAAAUCUUUCCUUUUGAUUGUUAAAAAUCAAAAUCAAAAUCAAAUUAUGCGUUGAGUUCUCAGAUCUGUAUUCCAAUUUUUGUGUUUUUUUGGUUAUAAAAAUUGUUGUGUUUAUCCGUAGAUCUCUCAUAGUUGUUUUCUGUAUAUUUCGAUAUUCAGAUUUGGCAUUUUUGAGUUUUGAGCUGCGGAGGUAGGUUAUAAUUGAAGGAAGUUUUCUGGAAUUGGUUAGUUUUCUUUUUUGGGCGGUUAAGUACCUUUUUUUUUGGAGUUGUGGAUUGAGUUUGUGAUAAGGUGUGUUUGUGAUGGGGAGAGGCGUUUGUAUAGCGGUAAUGAGUGAUGGAAUGAUGGAGAUUGAGAAACCCGGAAAUGUUGAUUUAAAGUGUGAAAGAGAAUGGGCUGUAGAUGGUACUGAACAGGAAUCAUGUGUCGAGAAGCAGAAAUGUGAAACUUUAGAAUUAGCGGCAAUGAGUGAUGGAAUGAUGGAGAUUGAAAAACCCGUAACUGUUGAUUCAAAGUGUGAAAGAGAAUGGGUUGUAGAUGCUACUGAACAGGAGUUAUGUGUUGAGAAGGAGAAAUGUGAAACUUUAGAUGGUGUAGAAUUAGCGGCAAUGAGUGAUGGAGUGAUGGAAAUUGAGGAACCUGUAAAUGUUGAUUCAAAGUGUGAAAGAGAACGGGUUGUAGAUGCUACUGAACAGGAGCUAUGUGUUGAGAAGCAUAAAUGUGAAAAUUUAGAUGGUGUAGAAUUAGCGGCAAUGAGUGAUGGAAUGAUGGAAAUUGAGGAACCCUUAAAUGUUGAUUCAAAGUGUGAAAGAGAACGGGUUGUAGAUGCUACUGAACAGGAGCUAUGUGUUGAGAAGCAGAAAUGUGAAACUUUAGAUGGUGUAGAAUUAGCAGUAGUGAAUGACGGAAUGAUGGAGAUUGAGAAACCCGUAAAUGUUGAUCCAAAGUGUGACAGACAAUGGGUUGUAGAUGCUACUGAACAGGAGCUAUGUGAUGAGAAGCAGAUAUUUGAAACUUUAGAUGGUGUGGAAUUAGAUUGUUGUACUAAUCAUGCUACGAACUGUGCACCUGAAACUGUAGAUGGUGUAAAAGUAGAAUGUUGUGCCACAAACUGUGCACCUGAAACUUUAGAUGGUGUGGAAUUAGAUUGUUGUUCUAAUCAUGCUACGAACUGUGCACCUGAAACUGUAGAUGGUGUAAAAGUCGAAUGUUGUGCCACAAACUGUGCACCUGAAACUGUAGAUGGUGUAGAAGUAGAGUGUUGUGCCACAAAUCGCGAACUUGAAACUGUAGAUGGUGUAGAAUUAGAAGGACGUGCUACAAAUCAUGCACCUGAAACUUUGAACACCCAGGAAUUGGAGUCAGGUGAGCAGUGGAAGAGAUUGAAUAAUUGUGACGUCCAGCCGUAUGUAAGGAUUGACGUGAAGGACGCUUCGAAUGAUGAUAUAUCGUCUGAAGUUUCAAAUCCAAAUUUGUCUCCAAGAGAGAACACUUUAAGUUUCCAGACUAUCAGUAGUCAAGGGGUGGAUUUGUUGAGUAAUAAUCAAGGUGGUUAUGGAGAGAUUACAUCUUUUUCGUCGGGGAAUUCAAGUGCCGAGGAGAGUGUCAGUGAGGAAGAGCAUAAUCAAAUUGAUGCAUCUAAGGUAGUUGCCAAGUCCUCUGUGGUUCUUGAAAUUCCAAAGGAAUUUAGCACAACUGGUGUCAGGAAGAUUAUAUUUAAGUUUAGCAAAAGGAAGGAGGAUUAUGGUAAUGCAUCUGCUGAGGCUGCUCUGCCUGUGACUGCCGGGGUUGAUGAUGGCUUUAGUGAAGCACAGACAUGGAAUCAUUUGGAGUCUGAUGGUACGAGUCUACAUGGGAUUUCAAGCACAAAUGGAGCAUUCUAUCAACAUAGAGAUCCCUUUUUAUGUCCUCCAAACAUGGAACUAAAAAUGUCUAAGAAGGUCAGUUCUGAUGCUUACCCGACAAAUGUCAAGAAGCUUCUGUCAACGGGAAUUUUGGAAGGAGCACGGGUGAAGUACAUUUCAACUUCUGGGAAGAGGGAGCUUCUUGGAAUCAUAAAAGAUUACGGAUACUUAUGUGGUUGUUCACUCUGCAAUUUCUCCAAAGUUCUCAGUGCUUACGAAUUUGAAAUGCACGCGGGGGGCAAGACUAGACACCCGAACAAUCAUAUUUAUUUAGAGAAUGGGAAACCUAUUUACAGUAUAAUUCAAGAGUUGAAGACUGCACCACUUAGUCAACUAGAAGAAGUUGUAAAAGACGUGGCAGGUUCUUCUAUUAAUGAGCAAUAUCUGGAGGCUUGGAAAGCCAAACUCCUACUGCAGCACCAUGAGGUGGGUAGUGCUUACCAAUAUUCGCAUGGAAAAGUUUCAGGGAUGUAUCAGUAUAAGCCAAGUGAUUGCAGUACGGUGAUGGAAGAUGGCCUUUAUCCUGCUUCGUACUCCUAUAUUGACAACUUCCCUCCAAAUCCAUUUAGCUCUAUGGAGACUGCAGAACCAUGGAAGCAUGUGGUUAAAAAGCCAAGGUGCAAUUUUUCCAGCUCAACAGUAGAGCCAAAGAAACCUGCUGAAGGUGGCACAAAAAAAAGGGAUAAUGACUUGCACCGAUCACUGUUCAUGCCAAAUGGACUUCCAGAUGGUACUGAUUUGGCAUAUUAUUCUAAGGGGAAGAAAGUUCUCGGGGGCUACAAGCAGGGGAAUGGCAUAGUCUGCAGCUGCUGUGAUACCGAGAUAAGUCCUUCCCAGUUUGAGGCUCAUGCUGGAUGUGCAGCUAAACGUCAACCCUACCGUCACAUCUACACAUCCAGCGGACUUACCUUACAUGAUAUAGCAUUAAUGCUGGCAAAUGGUCAAAGUAUUGCCACCAAUAACAGCGAUGAUAUGUGUACAAUAUGUGGCGAUGCAGGAGAACUGAUUUGCUGUGAAGGGUGUCCUCGGGCUUUUCAUGCAGCUUGUUUAGGUCUACAGUGUACCCCGACUAGUGGUUGGCUAUGUUCAUAUUGUAGAGACAAAUUUGUCCCUGGUAGGAAAACUGUUGGAGAUGCUGGACCAAUUAUGAUACGGUUGACAAGAGUGGUUAAAGCUCCAGAAUCUGAAGGUGGUGGGUGCGUUGUUUGCAGGACCCCGGACUUCAGUGUUGCCAAAUUUGAUGAUCGGACAGUUAUGCUCUGUGACCAGUGUGAGAAGGAAUACCAUGUUGGGUGUCUGCGGGAAAGUGGGCUAUGUGAUCUGAAAGAACUCCCGAAGGAUAAAUGGUUUUGUUGCAAUGACUGCAGUAAAGUUUAUGUGGUACUUCAGAAUUAUGUUCUGAAGGGAGCUGAGGUCAUUCCAGCUCCUGCAGCAGCUGCCGUAACUAAGAAGCAAGUCCAGAAAUGUUUAAUGGAUACAGCUACAAAUGACAUUCAGUGGCGUAUCUUAAGUGGGAAGAGUCGCUUUGCGGAGCAUUUACCUCUUCUUUCCAGUGCAGCAGUAAUCUUUAGGGAGUGCUUUGAUCCUAUUAUUGCCAAAUCUGGACGAGAUCUUAUACCUGUUAUGGUUUAUGGGAGAAACAUCUCAGGUCAAGAAUUUGGGGGAAUGUAUUGCAUUGUUUUGAUUGUAAAGUCAGUAGUUGUAUCAGCUGGUCUUCUUAGGAUUUUUGGGCAAGAGGUUGCUGAACUCCCUUUGGUGGCUACAAGUAGAGGAAACCAAGGCAAAGGUUAUUUCCAGGCAUUAUUUGGAUGUAUUGAGAUUUUAUUAUCUUCGAUGCAUGUUAAAAACCUGGUUCUGCCUGCUGCUGAAGAGGCUAAAUCCAUCUGGACAAAUAAACUAGGUUUCAGAAAGAUGACCGAUGAACGUUAUCUGAAGUAUUCAAGAGACUUCCAGUUGACGAUAUUCAAGGGGACAUCAAUGUUGGAGAAGGAAGUGCCGCAGACAGCUUAUGAAUUGUAAUUCAUCUUUGUGGAGGACGUGCACAAGGAGCUACAUUGCUACCAUAUCUUGCACUCCCCUCUUAUUUAAGAAGGGAGGGAGGGAUGGAGACUGCUAUAUACUCAAUGAUCUGAAAUGGAACUGGAAAUGGAAAAAGUGGUGGUUCUCAUUGCAGAACAAUCUUUUCUUUGAUACCUUAGAACAUGCAAAAUGCACUUUUAGCUGAUGAAUUUGAGUCUCAAGGUGAUUGAAUAGUACAUGAAGCGAGGUGUUUCUGAAGGUACAUAAAGUUGAUGACGGACCUUAUGGGGAUCAUCCUUAGUUGCAAGGACAAGUGUUUUUUAUUUGGUAUUUACCGCUAUGUUUUCAUAAAGUAGUAUGUGGGUCUUAUAGAUUAGUUUUCAGAUGAUGUAUAAAAGAGCAGCUGAGGAAUGCUCUUCUGAAGUCCUUGAGGCAUGCUGACCUUUUAUCAUGCGUGCGUGGGGGCAAACGUUUUUACCCCUUUCUUUUCGCAGUGAUAGUUUCCUUUUGUACAUUUGCAGUGCAUACAGAGAAAAUUUUGCCAGAAAGUAAUGUAGGAGGAUAUAUGUUAUACAGGACCAUAAGCUGUUUCUUGAUGUGAUUAAUUAUUGACUAUAUGUAGUGAUUGGGUUAACAAAAGAGGAAGUAACAAUUUGUUACUGAUAUUGUUGUAGUAAUCCCUUUGUUCCA